AUGAAGCGGGACCGGCUCGGGCGCUUCCUGUCGCCCGCGGCGUCCCGGCAGCGCGGGAGCUCGGGCCGCGGCAGUUGUGGCGGAGGCCGGGCCCGGGGCCGCCCCGCCCGCAGCGGGCCCGACGUGGCCGAGGCGGCGGCCGUGGUGGCGGCGCGGCUGGGCUGGGGCCCGGCGCGGCCCUGCGGGGACGCGGGCGAGGACGGCGCAGACGAGGCAGGAACUGCCCGGGCCCUGGCCAUGGGGCACUGUCGCCUUUGUCAUGGGAAGUUCUCCUCCCGGAGUCUCCGCAGCAUCUCCGGCAGGGCGCCUGGGGAGAGCUCAGAAAGGCCACCCCCUGGGGACCGUGUUUUCAUCCGAGAUUUUCAGCGCCUCCUGGGCGUGGCUGUCCACCAGGACCCAGCUCUGUCCCAGUUUGUCUGCAAGAACUGCCAUGCCCAGUUCUACCAGUGCCACGGCCUCCUCACAUCUUUCCUGCAGCGAGUCAAUGUUCCCCCGACAGGCCGCCGGAAGCCUUGCACAAAGGUCGGUGUCCAGCCACGGAUGGGGCCGGAGGAGGGAGCGUGUGUGGUGGACCUGAUUGCUUCGAACCCCCAGGGCCUGCGUGGCUUGGUGGGGUGGGUGCACAGACACGCGGCCGGCUGCGGGGCCCUACCUAGCCUCCAGAGGACGCUGUCCUCCGAGUACUGUGGUGUCAUCCGGGCCGUGUGGGGCUGCGACCAGGGCCAUGACUACACCAUGAACGCCGACUCCAGCUGCGGGGCCCUCUUGCUGGACAGCGCUUUGGGUGUCAAGUGGACGUGGGACAAGGAUUCAGCCCCACGACUCCCCCAGCAUCGGGGGUUCAGCCCCACCGGGGCUGCCCCUCAGAGCUCCCAAAGCAGAGCAGCUGCGGCUGGGGCUGAGACCGAGACACUCCCCAGCAUGGGCACAAGCCGGCUUCCUUCAGAUGGUGACCCAGUGGGACCGGGGCCGGGACCCCCGUCUCAGCCAAGCCUCCCCCAAGGUGGGACCCCAGGGCAAUUGGGUGAGAAGCAGGUUCCAUCUCCAACCUCGGAUGAUCGGGUAAAAGACGAGUUCAGUGACCUUUCUGAGGGAGAUUUCCUGAGUGAAGAUGAAAAUGACAAGAAGCAGAACACCCAGUCCUCGGAUGAGUCCUUUGAGCCGUACCCAGGAAAGAAGGUGUCUGGUAGGAAAAGUGAAAGCAAAGAAGCCAAGAAGUCAGAAGAACCAAAAAUCCGAAAGAAACCUGGACCCAAGCCGGGCUGGAAGGGCAAGCCGCGGUGUGAGAGGGAGGAACUGCCCACCAUCUACAAGUGUCCGCACCAGGGCUGCACGGCCGUGUACCGCGGGGCCGACGGCAUGAAGAAGCAUGUCAAGGAGCACCACGAGGAGGUCCGGGAGAGGCCCUGCCCACACCCCGGCUGCAACAAGGUGUUCAUGAUUGACCGCUACCUGCAGCGCCACGUCAAGCUCAUCCACACAGAGGUGCGGAACUACAUCUGCGAUGAGUGUGGACAGACCUUCAAGCAGCGGAAGCACCUCCUGGUCCAUCAGAUGCGCCACUCUGGAGCUAAGCCUCUGCAGUGUGAGGUCUGCGGGUUCCAGUGCCGGCAGCGGGCAUCCCUGAAGUACCACAUGACCAAGCACAAGGCUGAGACGGAGCUGGACUUUGCCUGUGACCAGUGUGGCCGGCGGUUUGAGAAGGCACACAACCUCAACGUGCACAUGUCCAUGGUGCACCCGCUGACGCAGACCCCAGACCAGGCCCCGGAGGCCCCACCCAGGCCCGCAGCAGGGCAGGUGGUGAAGGCUGAGCCCACCUGA